GAACAUGCCCCGUGACCUUUAGCCAGACGAGUAUAUAUAUACUGGGGAGAGGAGUGGAAGGCCCCUGGCAGCCAAAAUGAGGUCUUGGGUGCGCUCGUGCUGCGUUCUGGUUCUGCUGGCUCUGUCUGCUGCAGGGUCUUCCAUCCAUGAUGAGGAGCCACUGGUACCUCUGCGGCUCCAGGAGGCCGAAAAAAACCUCUUCUCCUGUGGAUGCGGCACAACAGAGGAGCAUCCCAGCCAGAGCACCUCCAAUGACACCCCGGCCCCAGAGAGGCCCAUGUGUCAGCCCUGCAGCCCGUCACCUGCCACAUCUGAGGAGGAGCUCGAACCAGAUCAGACGGCAGAAAUCAAGGCUUCUGGCGUUGAAGUAACAGGAAACGUACAAGAAAAGAAAGAAGCUUCUCUCCAGGACAUAGUAGGAGAAGAGGAAAACCAAGAGGGGGAGUCGUCUUAUGAAUCCCAGGAGGAGAAGGUGGAGAAUGAAGUUGUUGCAUCAACUGCAGAAGAGUUAAUGGAUAAGGGCGAGAAAGGCGAAGCAGAGGACUUACCUCAAGUUGAAGCAGUUGGUACUGAUCUCGAAAAAGAAGAACUGAUACAGGAAUCGGAAAUCGAUUUAAAACAGGGGGAAGGAGUGGGAGAAAUUGUGCUGAAGGAUGCCAUGAUAGAGGAAAUCUUUGUAGAAGCUGGAUCAGAAGCAGAAGAGAUUCUUAAAAUGGUUGCAGAACCUGCAGAGCCAGAAGAGACCACAGGCUCUGAACCAGAAAUGAUAUCAGAACUUGAAGCAGGACAUGACACAGAUCCAGAAGUUAUGUCAGAUCUCGAAGCAGAACCAGCCAUCGUGUUUGAGCCUGAAGCAGAAGACGACACUGAACCAGAAAUCAUGUCAAAACCUGAAACAGAAGAUGACACUGAAUCUGAAAUUAUGUCAGAACCUGAAGCAGAAGAUGACACUGACCCAGAAAUCAUGUCAGAGCCUGAAGCAGAAGAUGACAUUGAACCAGAAAUCAUGUCAGAACCUGAAGCAGAAGAUGAAACUGAACCAGAAAUCAUGUCGGAACCUGAAGCAGAAGAUGACACUGAACCAGAAAUCAUGUCAGAACCUGAAGCAGAAGAUGAAACUGAACCAGAAAUCAUGUCAGAACCUAAAACAGAAGAUGAAACUGAGCAAGAACCGGAUGCAGAACCAGCCAUCAUGUCUGAACCUGAAGCAGAAGAUGACAGUGAACCAGAAAUCAUGUCAGAACCUGAAGCAGAAGAUGAGGCUGAGCAAAAAACAAAUGCAGAACCUGUGUCAGAAACUGAAGAAGACGAUAAUACUGAACCACAACCUGAAGCCUUCACGUCAGAACCUCAAGCGGAAGAUGUUGCUGAACCAGAAAUUAUAUCAGAAUCUGAAGCAGACAAUAGUCUUGAAGAAGAAUCUGAUGUAGAACCAGAAGUCACAUCAGAACUUGCAAAUGAGGAUAAUGCAAUCGAUCCAGAAGAGAAAUCAGGACCUGCAGCAGAUAAUGGUUUUCAUCCACAACCUGAAGCUGCAUCUCAUGCUGCAUCAGAAGCUACAUCAAACCCUGAAGUAGAACAUAACUCUGAACCAAAAGGGGUAACAGGUUCUGAAGAGGAAACACAGGAAGUUACAAAUAUUGUUGUUGAAGUAGACGUCCAACAACUUGAACUUGUUUCCGAGCCUGAAGCAGAGCCACAGGUUAUUCCGGAAGUCGAGACAGUUGGAGAAGUCACACCACAGUCCAUUGAGGAAGUAAAAUUGGAAGAUUUUGGAGAGGAAACCACAGCAGAGAAGGCUCCUCAGGUGGAGGACACUCCUGUGGAGGUCAAGAAACCUACACAGUCUAAGGACAAAGGAAAAGUAACUGAGGGUCCAGCACUGAGGGACCUCUCCCACAUUGAGGACACACUGCGACUGGCAGCUGCUGAACCCUCAGCUCAGUCGACAGCCGCAAUGAAGAAGCUACUGAACGUCUACCACACCGCCAUCAAACCAGUAGAGCAAACCUACAAGUACAACGAACUCAGGCAGCAUGAAGUCUCAGAUGGAGAAAUACACUCAAAGCCUAUGGUUCUGUUCCUUGGACCCUGGAGUGUUGGCAAGUCCUCUAUGAUCAACUACCUGCUCGGUCUUCAUGGCACGUCACAAGAACUCUAUACAGGUGCUGAACCCACUACAUCCGAGUACACCGUCAUUAUGCACGGAGAGAAGUUGCGCACAAUAGAGGGUGUUGUUAUGGCGGCCGACACCUCGCGUUCCUUCUCCCCUUUGGAAAAGUUUGGUCAAAGCUUCCUGGAACGAUUGGUGGGCUACGAGAUGCCGCACAAGCUGCUUGAGAGGGUCACCAUUGUUGAUACCCCCGGCAUCAUUGAAAACCGCAAACAGCAGGAGAGAGGAUACCCUUACAACGAGGUGUGCCAGUGGUUCAUUGACCGAGCUGAUCUCAUUUUCCUGGUGUUUGACCCCACCAAACUUGACGUUGGUGGGGAGCUUGAAAUGCUCUUCAGACUGAUGAAGGGACGCGAGUCCCAAAUCCGUAUAAUCCUCAACAAGGCUGACAGUCUCUCCACCCAGGACCUGAUGAGGGUCUACGGGGCCCUGUUCUGGAGCAUGGCGCCCCUCAUCAACGCCACGGAACCUCCUCGGGUGUAUGUGAGCUCUUUCUGGCCUCAGGACUAUGCAGUAGAUACCAGUCAGGACCUCUUUAUGAAAGAGGAGAUCUCUCUGCUAGAGGACCUCAACCAGGUGAUUGAGAACCAGAUCGAGAAUAAGAUUGCUUUCAUCCGGCAGCAUGGCAUCCGUGUGCGCAUCCAUGCCCUCCUUGUGGACCGUUAUCUGCAGACCUACUACGACAAGGUGGGCUGGUUUAACGACCCCCAUGAGGUGUUCCACGACAUCGUCACUGAUCCAGACAAGUACUACAUCUUCAAGUCCAUUCUGGCCAAGACUAACGUCAGCAAGUUUGACCUGCCUAGUAAGGAGGCCUAUCAGGAUUUCUUCGGCGUGAAUCCAAUCUCCAACUUCCAGCAGCUGUGCUACUACUGCAGCUGGCGUGGCGACUGCAUGCUGGAUCGCUUAGAGAAGGCCAUCUCGCAAGAGCUCCCCAAUCUACUUAUGAGUGUCAGCAAGGGCGUGCCCGCCCCAGCCAAGCCUGCCCCGACACCUCCAACCUCAACCUCCGCCGCCUGCGAGGGGCCCGAGUGUGAGGAGAAACCCAAAAAUCGUUGGAGGAAGCAGUGAGAUGGAUUAGAAAGGUGCAGGGUGAAAAACCACAGAAGCAGCAGUCUUGCAGGGGCUUUCCUGCAUAUUGGGAUUCUAGGAACUGAACAAGGACGGCAAAACAGAGAAUGGGACAGAACAUUUGCCAAGGUGUACCAUGCCUACCUGGGUACAAAAAAACAUAACAAAAAAUUAGGGCUGUCAAAUUUAACGCAUCAUGAGAUUAAUCACAACAAAUUAUCGCAGUUCGCAGAUUUAUUUUGACAAUGCGUCCUUCUUUACCUUAACCACGGAUGGUUACCUGAAAGGAGGCCUGGGUUGUUACACGAUCUAGGGCUGCAGCUAUCGAUUAUUUAAGUGUGAUGGGUCAAAUGCAGAGAAUAAUUUUGUCAUUCAUUGGUGCUGUAACUUUAACUUUAACUUAAUCAAGUAAUAUAUCGAUUAUUUUGUUCGGAUAAUCGAGUAAUAGGAAAAAACACACUUGAAAUCGUAUUUGGGGGAAAAAAUAGUUCAAAUAAACAUUUUUUUCCUGCUUCCCAUAAUAUUCACUAUUUUUUCUAAUAAAUGCACACCAGCAAUAUUGGAAUUGCACCUUUAACAUGUGUUCAUUAUUUGAAAAAAAAUAAAAUAAAAAGUUUGCCGCCCCACAAAUCGCAGAGUCUACUCACCACCGCUCUCAUGAACGCUCUGUUGCAGUGGCCAUGCAUAAAAUAUGGUUGCAUAUUUAAAAAAAAUGUUUGCAAUUAUUAUCAAUUAGACUCAAACGAUUAAUCAAAGCAAAAAAUAUAUAAAUCCAAGGUUUUUUCUAAUCAAUUUAAUCUUAUACGGUUAGUGAUGAGGUCAAUGCAUACAUCACUGCAAAGAUGAGUAAGGAGACUCCAACCGGUGUGUUUUGUGGCAAAUUUUUCAUUAUUAUUAAAUUUUGGAUGAAACUAUUACUAAAGUUUGAGCCCCAAAAAAAUUGACGUACAUCCAAAUAAAAUAUAAACUUUUUUUUUUUGACAUUCUGAUGAUAAAAUUGCUUUGUGUCGAAAUAUCGGUGUUUUUUUUUUUUUUAAGUUUCUUUAAAUUAUCCAAGCAAGUUAUAUACUGUGAUUGAUCGCCAUUAAACUAAAUUCACGAGGGUGAUUAAUCCGUUUUAAAAAAUGAAUUGUUUGAAAGCACUGCUAAAAAAUAUAUUUAGAAUUAAAUGGUGAGUGAAAUUGAUUUUUCCAAGUAUAACACUUCAGAUAGUCUUAGAACAAUGAUAUACUCUACGUUACUGCAAAUGACAUUGAUACAAAGGGUAGAUUAAAUGUUGUCGACAAUGUUUAUUCUCCAAAGAGACAGCUCCCUCUGCAGUGGACAUUUGGGUUUUGCAUAACAGGGCUAUUUGUAACUCUGACUAAAGGAAAAAAAUGUCCACUGCAUGAGGAUACUGUUUCUUCGGGUGAUAUGCGUGCAGAGGUCAGUAGAGUAGCUAAACAUUGUACUCAAGUGAGAGUACCGUUACUUUACAGCAGGGGUUUUUAAACAUUUUUUACCUUGGGGCCCAACUUUUCCACUACAGAGGCCCAGGGCUCACUCAAAAUGUAAGUCUAAAUUAGUAAUCUUACUCUUGUUUUUAAGCAUAUUCAGUUAUAAUAUCUAGCAUACUUACAGUUAAAAUUGUCAAAUAAUAUGUAAACAUGUUUUGAUAACAAAUAUUUGUAUUUAUUUAACACAUAAAUAGUCUGAUUAGAAAACUAUAUCCUGACCAAAUACACUGCAUAACAAUAGACUUGUAAAUAACAAGCAAAAAAUGAAUGAACAUACUUUUGUGCUAAAAUUAAUCAACUAAAUUAAUAAUGAGAUAAUAUAUACGUUAGGUCAGGAAAAAACACAGAGGCUAUUUCAUCUCUACUAGCCUGUUUCAACAAACCAGGUCUUCAGGGGAUUCCUGAAGAGCAGGGAAACCUGCGAAACCUACAAGCCUGUUUCGCUCUUCAGGAGUCCCCUGAAGAGCAGGGAAACCUGCAAAACAGGCAUGUAGGGAUGAUUUUCCUGACAUAACGUAUAUUCCUCUAUACCCCGGUAUUGAGCACUGUAUAACGGACAAACCACAGAAACAUUGACUAUAAUGAGAUAAUAUACGUAGUGCAAAUGUUUCUUCAAUAAACAAAUUCAGCUUUACCACUUUAGUCAUAUUGUUUGCGUCUUAAAAAACUUCUCUAUAAAUGUAGGUCCAGACUUCUUCCGUGUGUUUGAUAUUGUCAUUACUGCCACACGUGGUGGAAAAGUGUAUUACAACUGAGUACGGCUGUGGGUCAUACAGACCCCUGCUGAGAAACAGAUGGCGGCCCACUAAGGGGGUGCUUUCAGCCCAACAGUGGGCCCCGGCCCUAUGGUUAAGAAACACUGCUUUACAGUAAUGUGACUCAUAUAUCAGCAAAAAGUAGUCAUCCAAAUAACUACUUGAGUCAGAGUAGGUAGGUAUUCACUGGGAAAAAAAAACUACUCAAUUACAGAGUAACUGCUGACUAACUUUUGAUUUAUUUCAUAACUAUUUUUAAUAGUACUUACACACACCAACUUUGAUUGUAGAGAGUGUGUGUGUGUGUGUGUGUGUGUGUGUGUGUGUGUGUGUGUGUGUGUGUGUGUGUGUGUGUGUGUGUGUGUGGGUGUGUGCGUGUGUGUGUGUGCGCGUGAAAGAGAGACCCUAAUAUAGUAUUUACUACUAUAACUAACUUAACUCAAUAAAGCAAGGUAAAAGUAGUUUCUUAUUUACAAAAAAACUCAAAUAAAAGUAAAAUGUACAUAGCAUUAAAACUGCUGCCAAAUCCAAUUGAUCCAAAAAGUGGAUGUAAAUGCAACGUGUUACUACUCACCUCUGUAUAUAUGUAUAUAUAUAUAUAUAUAUGCUGUAUACACACGGUACAUAACACAGAUAUCUACCAUUACCUUAUUAGAUAUGAAUGAAUUAAAACAUUAUGGGAAUGGGUGAGCUGGAGUCUAUCCCAGUUGACUUCGGGAGAGAGGAGGGGUACACCCUGAACAGGUCGCCAGCCAACCACAGGGCAAACUUUGUGUUCUGUAAUUUAAUAAUCAAUCAAUUAAUCAAUGUUUAUUUAUAUAGCCCCAAAUCACAAAUGUCUCAAAGGACUGCACAAAUCAUUACGACUACAACAUCCUCGGAAGAACCCACAAAAGGGCAAGGAAAACUCACACCCAGUGGGCAGGGAGAAUUCACAUCCAGUGGGACGCCAGUGACGAUGCUGACUAUGAGAAACCUUGGAGAGGACCUCAGAUGUGGGCAACCCCCCCCCUCUAGGGGACCGAAAGCAAUGGAUGUCGAGCGGGUCUAACAUGAUACUGUGAAAGUUCAAUCCAUAGUGGUUCCAACAAUAAUAACAACAAUAAUAAAGGUAGUUUAUUGAGAAAAAGAUGCUACAAAUUGCCACUGUUGUGUUUUUUUGUGUUCGCGAAGAGUCAAUUGUGAUAUGCUGUGAUUGUACAGUUUUGAAGUGAAACACCAAUGUGAUGUCCUCAAAUCUAAUGCAGGAUUUCCAGAAGGUGCAAAAUCCCGUUAGCGAUAGUUGUCACGUUUUACUUCUUUCCAUUUCCACCUUUUCUGCAACGGGACUAAAACAAACAAUAUUUAACAGUUAGGACAGUGGUUCUCAAACUUUGUACCCCCUCAGAAAACAUUUGCCUCUCCAAGUGUUACCAUAAUGAUUAACAUUGAUAUACAGUAGCGCAUUAAGCGUAAAUGUUCAUUAAAGACAUAAUGGCCAAGAA